GCAGACAGAUCGGUUUGUGCACCUCGGACGUACCAUCUCCGCGGACGGGAAGGCCGAUCGGGAUAUCACGAGCCGCAGUUGCCGAGCGUGGAAGUGCUACCGCCGGAACAGUGCUUCAGUGUACGACAGGCGACGGGCCGACCGCCAGCUCAAGAUCCGGCUACUCCCGGCUGAAGUGAUGGAGACUCUCCUAUAUGGGUGUGCCUCGUGGAGCCUAACAGCGGAGCACUACACGAAGCUCAAUGGGACCCACCGCCAGUUCCUUACACGGUGCAUCGGCUGGAAUGGAGCAAGCGGAAACGCUCAGACCGCCCCCUGUCCUAUGCCCAGGCCCUCAUCCAGGCAGGCUGCGAGGAAACCAUCGAGGCCACCGUGCGCAAACGGAGACUAUGUUUCGCGGGCUUUGUUAUGCGCAUGGAGGACAACCGAGACGACCUCGUGGCCUUCAACAUGGGAGACGAAAAAGAAGCNGCGCAAACGGAGACUAUGUUUCGCGGGCUUUGUUAUGCGCAUGGAGGACAACCGUCUCCCCAAGCACGUGCUGUUAGGAGCGAUGGCGGGGGGUGUGGGAUACCGGGGCGGGCAGGAGCGCGAAUGGGUGUCUCGUCUAGGAGACGACCUCGUGGCCUUCAACAUGGGAGACGAAAAAGAAGCGGGGAAAUGGAACGAGAGCGCCAAGGACCCGGAGGUGUGGUACAACAAGGUCGAGGACGGGGCGGCAUGGCUCAUGAGGAAAUUGCACAGGCAAGAGGCGGAAGGGUCCGCAAAACGCCAGCGCGCGAGGGAAGCAGAAACAGAGAGUACGGCCAUCUCAGGACCGAAGAGAAAGAGAGUCGGGCAAGCGGCGGUGGGGGGGAAGAAACGGCGACCGGGCACUGCUGUAGAAGCGAGGAGGGCGGCCGAGGCCGCACUUGUGGCGAACUAUGUACCCGGCUGA